AUGGAUGGGUUCAGCGCCUUCCAGUGCUCUUUGCCACUUGAUCCGGGCCUGCUCUUUGAUCCCAUCUCCCGGGGAAGCAUCGCCUGGGCAGGUAGAUCUUUCCAUCGAUACCUUAACGACCUAGGAACUGAGCCUCAAUCUCACUCGCCCACGCCCAUCACCAGCCUCGUCACGCAGCCACAUCUCACAUCUCACAUCACUACCCUAAAUCUCGAAGAACCAUACGCCCCCUCGCCGCCAUUUCUGCGCAUUCUUCCAUCGCAAAGAGCUGAGGACGGUCCCCCAGUUCAAACCAGCAACCGAGACCAAGCCCAGUGGCCCAGGGGGCGCAUGGCCGUCCCACCCAGCCGGUGUAACUCCCCAGCUGCUUAUUGCCAGCGACAAACCCAAGCCUUCGUUCUGUGGCACACGCUUUUCCAGGCAACGACCGACAGGCACCUCAUUCACUGGUCCAACCAAUCUCGCCAACCGGACUGCAGUGAGAAGUUUCUGGUAUCAUCUCGCCUUUUCGAGGUAUCAUCUUCAGGAACCAGGCCCCGGGCGACAACGGCUAUCAAUAAGGAUAGCCGCGAUGUGAGCAACCCAGUAAUCCAAGAUCCAGCACCCCACCAAGCUCAAGAUCGAUUACUUGCACGCAUCCCCGGCUCGCUGGAAUUAGAAGUCCCUUGCGUCUCCAACAUCAGCAACCCAGCCCAGCCCAGCUUUCACCUUCAAAAGUUCCGCGAAUAUCAGCCUCUGGCUAAGGUUGCUACUCGUACUGGACGGCGUCGAGGAAGUGAGACAGAAGUGCCAUGCUUCCCGCACCGGAACUGUGUGUCUCCAAAGGUCAGCAAGCCUACCCAAGCACAAAGUGGUAUCUUGCAUACCUAACGAGCAUUGGACAGUGACCUACAAAACCCAGAAGUGCCUGCAUAGAAUGGAGGCAUGGGUGUCAUGUCACCCUUUCGACAACUCCUUCCGAGACUCGGAUCCCCCAUUUUGGCACACCGAGGCCCGCCCCCCGGCCGGCCGGGCACAGGACCUCGAAAGCCGCGGACGCCCAUGCAUAUCCGCCUGGCGCUUUUUUGUUCCUUCCAUUCCUUCGUACCGCCUAGUCGGCUGGUUCGCAUCAUCCUCCUCAAAUCACGGAUCAGUAUUCCACCCAACAUGGGA